AUGGGAGAUCCUAGUUCGCAGAGGCCAACCCAUGAACACGCUGACAAGGACGGUCAUUUUCGAAGGAAAGACAGUCAAUUCCGUGACUGGAUUUCACGAGAUCAGAAUGCCAAGUUUCCAGCAGAAAAAGGGCGAUAUGCACUUUAUGUGAACCUAGGUUGCCCAUGGGCCCAUCGAACCAUUCUUGUUAGGGCACUCAAGGGCCUCGAGGAUAUUAUCCAGGUAAUAUAUACCGACUUCGAACUAACCGAGAACGGCUGGCUCUUCACUGGACGUAACGGCUCAUCAGAUAGAGAUCCUCUGUAUGGAUUUGUUGGUCUCAAACAGCUCUACCUGAAGGCUGAUCCUGAUUACGCUGGGAGAUACACCGUUCCCACUCUUUGGGAUAAAAAGGCCGAAACGAUUGUCAACAAUGAGUCGAGUGAGAUUAUUCGCAUGCUCUUCACAGAGUUCGACGAUUUGGUUGAGCCGAAGUUUCGUGAGACAAACAAGCAAGGAAAGAGUUUCUAUCCUGAGCAUCUUAGAGCCGAGAUCGAUGCUAUGAACGAAUGGGUGUACCAUACGAUCAACAAUGGCGUCUACAAGUGUGGUUUCGCUACAUCCCAGGAAGCCUACGACGCUAACGUCUACCCAUUGUUUGCCUCGCUUGACCGCGUAGAGGCACAUCUCGCCAGCCCAGAAAGCUGCCAUGGUGGUCCUUUUUUGUUUGGAGACCACCUCACAGAAGCUGAUAUAAGACUAUACACAACGAUCGCCCGCUUCGAUACCGCUUAUCAUACCAUAUUCCUGUGCAAUAUUCGCUCCAUACAGACUGGUUACCCACGGAUCUGGCGUUGGUUCAGACGCAUCCUUUUCAAUGCUUCUGGCAUUCCGAAUGGCAAAGUUUUCAAGGAGACCACGAUUCCCCAAAUCUACCGACAGGGGUACUCUCAAGCUCGCUCUCGUCAAAUGGGCAUGAAGCUCAUUGUACCACACGGUCCUGAGGAGGUUUAUGGUGAAUGGACGGAGGACGACGCGGACAUUGACAAUGGUCGUCGUGUAGCUCUCAAAGCCAUACAGGCUAAGAACGGGUUGGACGCUGGCUCCGACACGAACGGCACAGCGACGCCAACUUCGGCCUCAACCUCAGCUGACUUUGCCAACUUGUCACUCAAAAACACCAACGGAAAUUAUCCAGAAUCCGCAAAAGUGGUUAAUGGCAAAACCGACCUUACUUACGACACUAGGGAGUCAAGAACUGCUACUUCGUCAUACCCGAAUAUGGGCAGUUUCGUCACGAGGGGGAAUGGGAACGAAGCUGAAGGAGAGGUUGAUCCGAGUCGCAAAUUAACACGAAGAAAUACGGCGACAUACGAGAGUGAAAACCAGAAGUGGUACAAGGCUGCGAAGAAAGCCGAGAAGAAGAGCGGAGCACCGAAUGUACACCUUGCGUGUUAG